ACGUUUCGUUCUACCAAUUUCCCCGUGACGACUUUCCUUAGCGUUCGGUGGCGACGGUCUCUUCGCUUCUAUUCCUCCAUCGAGACGACGCGUAUCGAGUUUGGACGUAUCGAGCGCCCGAUACGCUCUUUUUCACGUCGAUCAGAGAGAAUUGCACCGAUUAUCGUCGCUUUAGAGCCAGUUGACGAAAACUCGAAGGCUUCUGUGGGCUCUACAAGGCACUUUUCAUCGAGAGUCGGAGAUAUCAGUUUUGUGCUCGACCGGUCUCUUUUCAAAACCGAUCUUUGCUCGAUCACAAAGUGACUUCGAUAUUUCGUCCUUUCCGGUUAUCGAUACAGUUUUUGUUGAACGUGUUACAACUGUUGGUGAUCGUGUUAGAUGCUUAUCGAUGAACCUUUUAAUCUAUGACAUGGUGCGUCGAUCGAGCAUCGUAUAACGUAAGAGUUACCGAGUGCGCGAUACCACGUGUUCGACACGUUGCGAUACCGUGGUGAACUGUGAGGUCCAAUCUUUGGAAGGGACGCUUCUAGGACAUCGAUACCGAAGCAAACAAACCGAAUCGCAAAAAGCGGACGAGGAGUAAGAAAAAUGAGGAUAACCUGUGUGCUUAUCGGCCUGUCUUUGGCGGUCGCGUUUGUCGCUUCCAGUCCUGUCGUCAAGAGAGAAGCAGAGUCGGAGGAUCUGAGUCCAUUGAACGAGGUAUACGUCGUGGAAGCCGACGACGAACAAGGGCUGGACGAUGACAGGUCCGACAGGGACAAAAGAAAGAUCGGCGUCGUGAAGCUUGGCGUCUCUAACGGAAUCAUCAACUUCGUCUUCGGCAAACUGGAUUCCUUCAUCGAUUCGAAGACCAAAGCCUUGGCCGUGUUGGACGACGCGAAUAAAGCGAAGAAUGCUGCGUACGGCAUCGAUACGAAACACUCGGCCACUAGCAAGUUCAUUAGCGACCUGGUCGCUGCGAAGAUCCAAGCAACCAGCGGCAGUGUCGGACCCGUGAUAAAUAGCGCCACGACAUUCUUCGCCGGCGCUAAGAACGGUUUGGCCGACGCGUUCGCUUCGAAAUUGGCGCCUCUCAGCUCGCUCUCCAGCGGUAUAGUCAGUAGUCUCUCCGCUGGUCCAAAACCCGAGUUGGGUGCAGGGGUGAGCCUAGGAGUCUCGGGUGACGGGCAUGGAGGAGCGGGAAUCGGGAUCUUGGGGAAUAUUUUGAGCUCGAAGCUGGGUACCCUGUCGACCUUGAGCCAGAACAACGGAGGAGGUUCCGAUUCGCACGGGAACGAUGGCAGCGUUGGAGUUAACCUUGGAGGGUUCGCCAAUUUAGGCGGAGGGGGAACGAUCUCAACUACUACGGAGGAUAUACCCGAGUUCGAUAGGAUGAGAGUGUCCUUGGAUGUUCCAUCGUCUUUGUUCGGUGGCGGUUUCACCGUAAUUACGAAUAUCAGCAAAAUCGUCAGUAGCGUGAUACUUAACUCAGCCCGCCGAACACAGACGCUCCUAGAACUGUUCAAGCCCUUCUUCCGUGGAACUUUCGCUAUCAAAGGUUUGCCAUCCGACAAUCCGCACUAGAAGAGACACUCGAGGACGCUGAAAUUGCUCAACGAUUACUUCAGGGAUUUCCAUGGGGAUUUUGGUCGACCUAAGAGUGAAAAGGAAGACCUCGAUGACCCGCUAACAUAGUCUGCAACACAAAGAUAGAAUUACAAUUUAGAUAGAAACUAGAAGAACCUUAGGUACAACUAGCGAUAUUUAUUAAGCAAUUUAUCAGAGAAAACGGUUUUCCAUGAAAGGAAUUCCGUUCGAUUAUCGUGACAAUCGAAUAUUAACGGGAACAACCGUACGCGAAUCACGCAA